AUGUCUGCGAGCGCAUGCGAGUGCAUUGCGUCUGCGAAUGAGCUCUUGGCCGCACAUUCGGCUCUUGUUUCUCGCGUCCGCUCCGCUCAGAAACAACAUCGGAGACAACUCAGAACCCUCCCGUCUCCUACGUAUGGCCUCAUCAAACUACCCUUGAUUCCGUCUCCCCCACGUUCUCCGCUGUCGUCUCCUCCUUCCUCACCUCAACUGCCUCCAAAACUUAAAGUUGCUCGUCAGGAGCUCCCUCCCGCGAAGCGCGCACGCGCGCUACGGUACAACAACUAUGUCCCUGAGGAAGAGACCAUCCGCAAUGACUAUUCCCAACGCUACGUGGACGGAGGGGAAUGGCCACAGAAUUGGGUACUUGGUGCAGACCCUGAACACCGAUUUGAGGAAUAUCCGAAGCAGCAGCGCCUGCUGGCUCUAAAGAAGGCGUCAGUUGCAUCUCAUGCUCUCCCUCCGACGUACCUGCCAUUCUCCCAAUUGUCCUCCAUUCAUCCGUCCAAAUUUGACGUGAUCCUCAUUGACCCGCCGUUCUCCUCAUCAUUCACGUGGGAUCACCUACAAGAACUUCCGAUACCUACCCUUGCGGCCGACCCGUCAUUCGUAUUCAUGUGGGUUGGGAGCGGGGCUGGCGAGGGUCUCGAGCGUGGUAGGGAAGUCAUGGCCAGAUGGGGCUUCAGGCGGUGCGAAGAUAUUGUAUGGGUGAAGACAAAUCAUAACAGCAAUCGCGGUCCUGGAGUACGUCCGAUCAUCGUGCCCACUUUGACGCAUUCACUGAUGUUUGCACGUCCAGACAGACCCACCAACGACCUCAUUGCUGACACGAACAAAACAGCACUGCCUGAUGGGUAUACGGGGGACAAUACGGACGUAAUGAUCUGGGAAGGAGACGCCUCAGAUCCUACGCUAAAGCCGCCAGAGAUGUAUACUCUCAUAGAAAAUUUCUGCUUGGGGCUACGGCGGCUGGAAAUAUUUGGACGCGCGCGCACAUUACGUCGCGGUUGGGUGACAGCGCUAGCCGAGGGGGAGGAAGAACGGAUCGAGCAGGGCAUGUCGGUUGACGCUGAUGGCACCUCGGAGCAGCAAGAAUUUGCGACGCUCUGGAACCGCGAAUCCUGGGAGAGCGGGACCAGGGAGGUCUCGAAUGGCGGGAAGCCCGUAGUCCCGAUGACACCGGAAAUCGACGCGCUCCGUCCAAAGUCACCCGUGCGCGGCGGCUCAGGGAACACGAAUGCUGGUAUGGGCGGUGGCGCGCCCAGCGUUUCGUCGCCUCUGCCCGGCACUGUGCCCCUCGCAAUGCCCAUGGGUGGGCCGCCCGCGAACAUGCAGAACGGGGCGCGCGGCGGGUUCGCGGGCCCGAACCGCAUGAUGAUGCAGCCUGUGAUGGCGAUGGGCGGGAUGGGCCAGAAUAUGGGUGGGGGUGACAUGAGCAUGAUGGGCUGGCCCGAGAUGGGCAUGGGCAUGAACAUGGGUGGGAUGCCAGGAAUGAACGCGAUGGGGCUAGGCAUGGGGCAGCAGCAAGGGCUCGGGUUCGGCGGGUUCGAUGGCGGUGGCAUGCAGCAGAUGCAACAGAUGCAAGGCAUGCACCAGGUGCCCCAGGGCGGCAUGAGCAUGGGUUGGAUGGGUGGAGGAGAUGGGCACUUUGUCGACCCGGGGGCGGGCAUGUGGGAUGGCGGGAUGGCGAGAGAAGGCAUGAUGGGUAUGAAUGGGAUGGCAGGGAACAUGGGCAUGGGAGGGAACAUGAUGGGUCCGGGCAUGAACGGUAUGGGCAUGGGCAUGGGUAUGGGCAUGGGUCAGUGGGGAGAAGGAUUUGAUGGACGCUACUGA